UAGCGCGCUGCCGCGAUCGGGCCUCAGUGACAGAGCACCACCAGCCGUGCGAGGACCGUUUACGUCGAGAAAUCGGUCGUGAGCACCCAGUAUACCCCAGUUCAAGUCGCACCUGCGAGCCGAGGGAUCCGCACGUGUCCUUGCGAGAACACUCGAAGCGAGAAGAGACCGGCGGCUCUAGUUGACCGCGCAGAGAUCACCGUCCAACAUCAGCAGCCGAAGCUUCCGAGGGGCGCAGACACGACACGCGACACGACCGAGCGAGAGAUGUCCUUGCCCGUGAGUUUCCGUGAACGAUGGAGCGUCCGCGCAUCCGACAUCGCCAGGCGAACGCACAAUCCCAUAAGGUCGAUCGUGGAGAACAUCGUCGUCGAGCCGAACCCCAACAAGCCGAUGAUCGCGUUGUCCAUCGGUGAUCCCACGACUUUCGGCAAUCUCAAACCACCGAAGGAGGUGAUCGAGGCGGUGCAGGAGAGCGUCGCCUCGCAAUUGUACAACGGAUAUGCGCCGAGCACAGGUUAUCAGAGGGCGCGAGAGGCCGUGGCGGAGUACAGCUCGAACGAGUUUGUGAAGGUCGAUCCUAAGGACGUAAUCCUGUGCAGCGGAUGUUCCUGCGCACUUGACCUGUGUAUCACGGCUUUAGCUCGAGAAGGCCAAAACAUCCUGAUUCCACGCCCCGGCUUCUCGAUCUAUCGAACGCUGGCGGAAGGUCUUGGUAUUACGGUCAAAUCGUACGAUUUACGCCCGGAGCUCGGUUGGGAGAUCGAUCUGGAUGACCUGGAGGCACAAAUCGACGAGUCGACGGCGGCGAUUGUUAUAAACAAUCCCUCGAACCCGUGCGGCUCCGUGUUCAGCCGCGACCAUAUACUUGACAUUCUCGACAUCGCCGCUCGUUACUACGUACCCAUUAUAGCCGAUGAGAUUUACGAGCACAUGGUGUUCCCAGGACGGACUUUCCACUCGUUAGCGUCUCUAUCGACCGAAGUUCCUAUUUUGUCGUGCAGUGGGCUGACGAAAAGAUUUCUAGUCCCGGGAUGGCGUAUGGGCUGGAUAAUAAUCCACGAUCGUCAGAACGUCCUGGAGGCCGAGAUUCGCAAAGGUCUGCACUGCCUGAGCCAACGGAUAAUCGGCAGCAACACCAUCAUCCAGGGCGCCUUGCCCGCGAUACUACGGAAAACGCCGCAGAACUUCUUCGACGACGUCAUCCGCACCUUAUACUCGCACUCCAAACUGGCGUACAGCUGUGUAGCAAAGAUACCGGGCCUGAAGCCGAUAAUGCCGGAUGGAGCGAUGUACAUGAUGGUCUACAUCGAUCUGCCGUGUUUUCCGGAGUUUAAUUCCGACCUGGAAUUCGUGCAGCGGCUGCUGAUGGAAGAAUCCGUGUUUUGCCUGCCCGGCCAGUGCUUCGAUUAUCCCUCGUACAUGAGGCUGGUAAUUACCGUACCGGGCGACAUGCUCGAGGAAGCUUGUCAGAGAAUUCAAGAGUUCUGCGAGAGACAUCAUUAUAAAACGGCGGAGAUCGUCGGCAGGAACAAUUUCGUCGACGUCGAAAUUUCGUAUUAAAAAGGGAGGUAAAACACGUCAGGGAACUCGAAUAUGCUCGCGUUAAACCCCGCUGAUUAUUUUCUCUCGGACCGGAUCCAGAUCGCGAUAACUGUCUCCGAAAAAAAGGAAAAGCGAUGUUUGAACGAUCCCGAAAAGCCUCUCUCUCGGUCUUGGUUCACUUUUGUGUAUAUGUACAUGUGUAUUUUUAAUUCUCUAUGAUAUUGUCUGUAAGUGUACAAUUAUGUAUGUAAUAAAUGUUUGAUACGUAAAAUA